AUGGCAUCGAGGCUCAUUGUGGAGGCUCCUUUUGAAGCUGAAAACCAACUUGAAUUAUCUCUCAGACAAGCUUUUGAGUCCCUUCAACCAAAUCUAAGACCCCCUUUUUCCUUCUCUAUAUCCAUUCCAAACCCUGACCAAUACUCCCAACUUAACCGUGCAAUCCUCCAUGGCAUCCUAACCGAACCACACUUUGCAAAAACCCACAUCAAGCACUUACAUGGCAUAAUAACAGAUGGGUAUGCAAUGUUCAUCAAUUUACUCAUCAAAGUAGUUCACCAGUUGUACCCAAAGCUCCUUGGUUCUGUGAAAAGCCAGCUACUUUGGGUUGCUGAGGAAAUGAUUUAUGUGUUGGGGAUUGGUAUCGAUGUGCUUUUGGUGUCCCUUUUGAGGCAAAUCAAUGGAGGUGAUUUCAGUGAUGGGAAUUUGUGGUUGUGUUUGAAGAUGGCCACACUUUUCUUGAACAAGUGGCAGUGCUUGUUGGAAGAAGAACCCAAUGUUUUGUCAUGUGCUUUAUAUGUGUUUCUUAGAGUUUUGGCUGAUCAUUGUAGAACCAACAGGCCGAGUGACCAAAAUUUUGAGACUUUGAGGAGGUUGGAGGUUUAUUUGUGUGUGAAGAUUGUGAGGGAAGAGUUUCACUUGUGUUUAAGAAUCGGCAGGGAUUUCAUUCGGUUGUUGCAGGAUUUGAUUCAUGUUCUUGAGUUUAGAGAUAUUUGGAAGGAUUUGAUGCUCUGUCCAUCAAAGUUCAAUACUUCAAGAUUUGUAAAUGUUUCGCAGCUAUACCGCACAAGAACUUGUAGCAAGUAUGUUUUGCUUAGAAUCAAUCCUGAGAUGGAGACCAGAUUGCGGUUUUUGAUGACAUAUGUUAAAUUGGGACAUCAAAAGAGGCACCAAAUAUGGUUUUUUCAGAAGUUUCUUCAUGAACCAGAUAGAGAAACUAUCAUAGUUGAUAUAGUUAGAUUCAUAUGUUGUGCACACCAUCCACCUAAUGAGAUCAUUCAAUCAGACAUUGUUCCUCGAUGGGCUGUUAUAGGCUGGCUUUUGAAGUCAUGUAGGAGCAGUUAUGUUGAGAAAAGUGUUAAAUUUGCUCUGUUUUAUGAUUGGCUCUUUUUUGAUGAAAGUGUUGACAGUGUGAUGAACAUAGAGCCUGCAAUUUUGUUGAUGGUGCAUUCAAUUCAGAAGUACAUUGACAUCACACACAAUCUUCUUGAGUUCUUGUUAUAUCUUGUGGACAACUAUGAUGUUCGGGUGGAGAAUAAGGUUCUCAUUGCUAAGGGUGUAUCAUCAGCUCUUCAGUUACUUGCUAAGAAGGGUGUGAUUCAGUCAUAUGAUGUUUUGACUUAUUGUCCUGCACUUUCACCCACUCUGAAAGAGGGUCUAGGAAGGUUGAUAUCAGGUGUAAAAAGCUAGGAUGCUGUAAUGGAUUUCUGCCAAAUCUGUCUUUUAUUUGAACUCAUUAUCUGAAGAAUGUUGAGUAUGUAGCAAGCAAUGCACACAAAUAAAAGGCCCACUUCUUGAAACUU